AUGUAUCAGAGCCCGCGGCGGCUCUGCUCGGCCCUGCUGCUCAGGGACGCCCCCGGCCUGCGCCGCACGCUCGCGCCCGGCCCGCGCCGCACGCUCGCCCCGCCGCCGGCGCUCCGGCCCCGGCCCGCGUCCCCGCGACUGCAGGCGGCGGCGGCCUCGGGCGCCGCGAGGUCGCGUCCCCGAACAGGGAGUUCCAUGGGCAACGGCACGAGCAGACUGUACAGUGCUCUCACCAAGACCCUCAACAGCAGCGCAGCCGCUCAGCACCCCGAGUAUUUGGUGUCAGCUGACCCAGAUCAUCUGGAACCCAUUGAUCCUAAGGAACUUCUGGAGGAAUGCAGGGCUGUUCUGCACACUCGGCCACCCCGCUACCAGAGGGAUUUCGUGGACCUGAGGACAGAUUGCGCCAGUAGCCACCCUCCCAUUAGAGUGAUGCAGUGGAACAUCCUUGCCCAAGCUCUUGGAGAAGGCAAAGACAACUUUGUACAGUGCCCUGUCGAAGCACUCAAGUGGGAAGAAAGGAAAUGCCUUAUCCUGGAGGAAAUCUUGGCUUACCAACCGGAUGUCUUGUGCCUCCAAGAAGUGGACCACUAUUUUGACACCUUCCAGCCGCUCCUCAGUAGACUGGGCUACCAGGGCACAUUUUUCCCCAAGCCCUGGUCACCCUGUCUCGAUGUUGAACACAACAAUGGACCAGAUGGCUGUGCUUUGUUUUUCCUCCAAAACCGUUUCAAGCUCAUCAACAGCACCAAUAUUAGGCUGACGGCCAUGACCCUGAAGACCAACCAGGUGGCCAUCGCACAGACACUUGAGUGCAAGGAAUCCGGCCGGCAGUUCUGCAUUGCGGUCACCCACUUGAAAGCACGCACUGGCUGGGAGCGCUUCCGGUCAGCUCAGGGCUGCGACCUUCUCCAGAACCUGCAGAACAUCACCCAGGGAGCCAAGAUCCCCCUGAUUGUCUGUGGGGACUUCAACGCAGAGCCCACUGAAGAGGUCUACAAACACUUCGCUUCCUCCAGCCUCAAUCUUAACAGCGCCUACAAGCUGCUGAGUCCCGAUGGACAGUCGGAGCCUCCAUACACGACCUGGAAGAUCCGAACCUCAGGGGAGUGUCGCCACACCCUGGACUACAUCUGGUACUCCAGACAUGCUCUGAAUGUCACUUCUGCUCUGGAUCUACUCACUGAAGAACAGAUUGGGCCCAACCGGCUCCCAUCCUUUCAUUAUCCUUCAGACCACCUAUCACUAGUGUGUGACUUCAGCUUCAGUGAGGGGCCUGAUGAACUUUUGUGAACACUGUAUCAUUUU